AGACGACGAAGAGAAUGCAAAUGCAAGCAGAUAAUGGUGAAUCUUAGAAGGAAUUCAUACUCCAAUGAGAACCCAUUUCAAACUCAAACCUCAUCUUCACUCUCAUCUCUUACCCAUUUCUUGAAGAAGCCCCAAGCCUUCGCUUUCUUGCUCUCAAGGCUUCUUUUGUUAACAUGGGUCUUCCUCAAAUUGCAACCAUCUUCUCCUUCUCAUGAUUUCCUAAGAAGCCAUGAGAAAUGGAGCCAAGACGAUGAUCUUAAGGCUAAUCUUGUUAGCUUCAAAGCUAGGUUCCCUUCUUCCAUUACCAAGGACAAGCGUGGGUGGUUACUUAAUCCCAUAACGCUUGUGCUAAACUCUGGUGUUAAAGGAAAUGGAGAAGGUGGAGAAGGUAACAAGAGACUGGUUGUUCUGGUGACCUACAAUUACUCCAACACCAAGGACGAGCUGCAUGGUUGCAUCGAUGAUGUGCUAGCUAUUAAAAAAGUCUUGGUGAAAAGGUUUGGGCUUGAUUAUGCUCAUAUUGAGUUUCUGAUUGAUGCACCAGGGUCCCCGAUUAUCCGUGCUAGUGCCAACAUCAAUCCAACACUUAAUUGGAUAAUGGAUAGGGCUAAAACAGAGGAUGUCCCAUUUUUCCACUAUUGUGGCCAUGGAACCAGGAUUCCUUCUAUGAAACUUGGCCAUCCCUUCAGACAAGAUGAGGUAAUUUUGCCUUACGACUUCAAUCUAAUCACUGGACAACUAGAUGAAGGCAUUUUGCUAAGUAGGUGCCAAGCAAAUGAGACGUCUGCAGACAUUAGUGAGAGUGAGAGUGAUGGCGGAGGUAAGGCAUGCGGGGCAUUUUGCAAUGUAGUGUAGAUGGUGCUGAAGGAGAAACUCAGGUCCAUUGAGCAACAAGGAAGUUGUGAUGAUGGCCAAGAAGGUUUUAUAAGCAUAAUGGUUCGAGCAACAUCCUUGCUUGUACUACAAUGAUGAGAAUGUUGAUGCUACCUUCUUGUGGUAGCCUGAAUGCUAGCUUUUAUCCCAAGUUUAAAUGUUUUACCUUUGGGAUUCAUUGAUCCAUGGUUCAAUUUGCAAGUUCGUGUGUAGGAAUAAUAAGUGAUUUUUUAA